UAACUAGGAACUAAAGUAGGUUACAAAAUUGCACACAGACACUUUUUAAGGUGCAACAGGAAAAACAGACUUUUGGUGGGAAGUGAUUAUCCAUGUUUGUUUGUUGUUUGAGCGAAAAAGUUUAGAUGUUUUUCAUUUUUGUUUUUUGAACCGGGUAUUUCAAGUGAACUCAUUCCCUAUUGGUUAGGCCUAUAUGCAGCCAGCGAGGUAAGUUAUGUGUGUUACUUUCGUAUUCCCCAUGUAGGCCUAUUUGUAUUUACUUCUUGUGUGUGAACGUGUUUAUCUUUUGCAUUGUCAUACUGUAGUUUGACGGUGAAUGUGAUGACGGCCGGAGAGAAGGAUGAUGCUAUAAAUCCAUCAGCGUCAUUUCUUCUCUGAAACAGAGACAGUUCAAGAAGUGACCAGCUCCUCUCAUGCACACACACACACACACACACACACACACACACUCCGCUAUAGACAUGAUUUACCUUCUGGUUCUCUCUGGGGUUUUACUUUACUCUUCAGGUGUUGCUGGAGUUAAUGCACUGGAACUUAAUAUAGCAGUGAAAUCUGGAUCAUCUGUCAUUCUUCCAUGUGUGUAUGAUAAACAAUAUAAAGAAAACCGCAAAUAUUUGUGUAAGGGGCAAUUUUGGAGCGCUUGCCUAAUAUUGGCAUAUGCAGGAAAUAAAGGAAAAUAUUCCAUCACUGAUUAUCCAGACCAGAGUAUUUUUACAGUGCGAUGGGACAAUCUGCAGACGUCAGACUCUGGAUAUUACUGGUGCGCUGUGGAGACUGGUCGCUCUGGCAUCAGUUAUUAUUUGUAUCUGACGGUGCUAACAGCUCCUGAUGUGUCUGUGAUGAGCAGCAGUGUAUCUGGACAUGAAGGUGAUGAUGUCAGUGUCCGGUGUUUCUACAGCUCUGAAUAUAAGAAUAAACUCAAACAGUGGUGCAGAUAUAAAGAUAAGGGCUGUUACACAGUGGGGAGGACUGACACAUCCCAGAGUUCAUCAGUCCAGAUCAGUGAUGAUGGGAGAAGCUCCUUCACUGUGUUGAUGACUGGACUGAGACUCAGUGAUUCUGGAUGGUUCUUGUGCUCAGUAGGAGAUCUGCAGGUUCCUGUUCAACUCACUGUCAAACCCAAACCUGUGAAACGUAUUCCAACAGCAGCACCAUCUGACCCUGAGACAGACAAGGACACAACUCAGACAUCUGCAAACAGAAAUCCUGCAACCGUGAAUGAAAUCAUAAACAGGGUUGAAUGCUAUAGCGGUGGGUCAAAUCAUAUCGUAACUAUUAAGCCUGGAGGAUCUGUCACCAUCCCAUGUCAUUAUGAUGAGAAAAACCCACCGCAGAAGAAAUACUGGUACUCACAUAGGGAUCGAUCUAAUAUAUACACAAACACAACAGAGGAGAAUCUGUCAGUAAUUGAUCAUCCUGAUCAGAGUCUCUUUACUGUGACUAUGAGAAACCUGCAGAACAAACAUAAUGGGGAUUAUUCCUGUGUAGUGGAGAAUGAUGGAAAACGGACUGUCACAUAUGAGCUUCAUCUCAUGGUUCAGUCUGCUCCUGAUGUGUCUGUGAAGAGCAGCAGUGUAUCUGGACAUGAAGGUGAUGAUGUCAGUGUCCGGUGUCUCUACACUUCUGGAUAUAAGAAUAAACUCAAACAGUGGUGCAGAUAUAAAGAUCAGAGGUGUUAUAAAGUGGGGAGGACUGACACAUCCCAGAAUUCAUCAGUCCAGAUCAGUGAUGAUGGGAGAAGCUCCUUCACUGUGUUGAUGACUGGACUGAGACUCAGUGAUUCUGGAUGGUUCUUGUGCUCAGUAGGAGAUCUGCAGGUUCCUGUUCAACUCGCUGUCAAACCCAAACCUGUGACACGUAUUCUAACAACAGCACCAUCUGACCCUGAGACAGACAAGGACACAACUCAGACAUCUGCAAACAGAAAUCCUACAAGCGUGAAUGAAAUCAUAAACAUUAUGAUUACUGAUUUAAGACCUGAGACACGCAUACAUGAAGCCCAUCCAUCUGUAACAUCAGCCUCAGCGACCAUUAAUACAGAAAUACAUCGCCAGUAUAAGCAAAACAAGCCUGAUAUGAUUCUGCUCAUGAGUCUUGUAUCGACGCUUGUGCUGUUCCUGCUCGUUUCUCUCGUUGUAAUAGUAACCUGGAUGCUGAGAAAGAAGCUGGAGAGGGGUCACAUUAGAGAAGAAGAACCUUUUAACCCCACCAGUAAUACAACGGCCUCUGAAAACCCGAUGACAUCCAUCAGUCCAGCAACUGCUACUUCUUCGGCCUCAGUGGACGACUGUUCGGUGAUUUACAGUUCUGUGAUCCAUAAAAAAGGCAGUAAGAAAAAGGCAGCUUUAUCAUCAGUGGAUCCAGAGGGAGACGUGAUCUACAGCUCUGUGAAAAAACCUCAAAAGCCUGUACACUCCAGAAUGGAUUCUUGACCAACUGGGAGGAAAAAACGACACAACACCAAAGAGCUGAAACAUAUGCUGCAUCCCAAUUCGCAUACUAUCCGUCCUAAAUGGUUU